UCGGCCGCACUGCUGGGUGCGAAGUGCUCUACCGAGCGAGUGGCCGCCAGUUCAGGCGUCAUGCUGUCCGAGGUGAGCGUGAAGUGCUUACCACGCGGCGCCGUGACCGUGCGCUCUGGCGGCCGCCUGGGGAACCUCAUCAUGGAGUUCCUCUCCCUCUGGACGGCUGCGCGCCUCCACAACCUCACCGCCUUCGUCCCGUCGCAGCUGCGCGAUCGCCUCCACGAGGUGUUCGAGCCGCUGGGCGUGCCGGACACGCUCGAGUUCCUCUCGCAGUCGGGAUGCCCCGAGGACGCCAUGGAGGAGGCUGACCGACGCCUCUUCAAGGUCGACCUAGAGACGGAGUCGCUGGCGGAGGUUGUCGCACAGGCCAAGGAGCUGCACGUGCCCAUCGUCUUCGAGGUAUGGAUCAUCCUACCGGAGACGAUAAUUCCACUGGCUGCCGACGUGAGGCGCCACUUCCGCUACCGGCCGAAGCUACGCGAGUACGCAGAGAACAAGCUGCGGUCACUCAGGAUGAGCGUUCUCGAGACCAGUCCUAACGCCAAGGAGGUGGUGUUCGCGGGGGUGCACGUGCGGCGCACCGACUACGCGGACCACCUGCGGCUGCUCUACAACUCGGACCGGCCGGCGGACGAGCGCUACUACGGCCGGGCCGCCCUCUGGCUCAAAUCCACGGUGGUGCCCGCAGGCGGCGAACUUGUGCUGGUGGUGGCGUCUGAUGACCCGUACUGGGUGCAGGAUGUUCUGCUGCCACACCUGCAAUCCCUGGGUCUGCGACAUACCUUCCUGGUGGGGGAUGGCGUGCUGGACGAGCCGGAGUGGGAUCUGGCACUACUGUCCGCCUGCAACCACUCUGUGCUCGCCUAUGGCACCUUUGGUCUCUUUUCAGCUCUAAUGACUGGCGGGCGCGCCGCCGUCUACCACCUGCAACGAGGAGACGCCGUGUCGCCUGCCAUGCAGUUCGCACAGCACAUUCCUGGUUGGGUCGCCAUCUCACAGUGAGGAUCUUAAGAUGGAGGACCUGAGGGGCAGCAGGCAUGUCACCACUAGCACCACAAUGCUGUCAUUUCACGCAUCAUACAGUUCGCUGAACACGUUUCUGACUGGGUUGCUAUCUCGCAGUUAGAAACUCGAGAUGGUAUCUUUGAUGGACAGUGGGAGCACCAUCUUUAACUCUCCAUGUAGUUCACCCAGGAGACAUUAGACUCAACGUGCUGAUACUUCUCCAUGAUGCCACUAGGAUGUGUCUGUGUUCAAUUUAGAUUGUAGGA